UCUCCGCCACACUCAUCCCUUUCCUUCUCUCUCACAUUUCAUUACUUCUACCAAGCUACUACAUUUUUAACUUCCUCUUUCUACAUUUCAUUCAAAACAAUCAUGGCUUCUCUUCAUUCCAUUACAUUUUCAACAAAAACUGUCCUUUAUGUAUUUGUAUUGGCCUCUUCCAUCGCAGCCUCUGCUGGCAACUUCUACCAGGAUUUUGACGUAACUUGGGGAGAUGGUCGUGCCAAGAUACUCAACAACGGCGAUCUUCUCACUCUUUCCCUUGACAAAGCCUCUGGCUCGGGGUUUCAGUCCAAAAACGAGUAUCUCUUUGGCAAGAUUGAUAUGCAACUCAAGCUUGUACCCGGAAAUUCUGCAGGCACUGUCACCGCCUAUUAUUUGUCAUCAAAAGGAUCAAAUUGGGAUGAGAUUGACUUUGAAUUCUUGGGGAAUCUGAGCGGUGACCCAUACAUUCUUCACACCAAUGUGUUCAGUCAGGGCAAAGGCAGCAGAGAGCAACAGUUCUAUCUGUGGUUCGACCCAACUGCAGAUUUCCAUACCUAUUCCAUUCUUUGGAAUCCUCAGCGCAUAAUCUUCUCAGUGGAUGGGACCCCAAUAAGAGAAUUCAAGAACAUGGAAUCAAAAGGAGUUGCAUUCCCAAAGGAACAGCCAAUGAGGAUAUACUCUAGUCUAUGGAAUGCUGAUGACUGGGCAACAAGAGGUGGACUUGUGAAGACAGAUUGGACACAAGCUCCAUUCACAGCAUCAUAUAGAAAUUUCAAUGCCAAUGCCUGCGUCCAUUCUGGAUCAUCAUCAUCAUCAUCAUCUUGCACUGCCAACUCUUCUUCCUCCAAUGCCUGGUUCUCCCAACAGUUGGAUUCAACAAGCCAGGACAGACUGAGUUGGGUGCAGAAGAAUUACAUGAUUUACAAUUACUGCACUGACACCAAAAGAUUUCCACAAGGCCUUCCCCCAGAGUGCCAAACAUCUUGAACUCCUUCUAAUCCUACUCGAAACAAAUACCACAACACUAUUCUUUAUUCUUCCUAGGCUGAUUGAAUUGCUUUUCAUUUGUAUGGAUGUUCAUUCUUUUAUUCUUUGAUACUUGUCGAUUGUAUUACAAGAAACGGAAAGAAGCCUCAAUAAUACUUUUCUUGAAUCUUUUACACUUAA